AUGAGUAUUUUGUUUCCCUCGAGAUUACAUAGCACCAAACUUGAUGUAACCUGUCUUCAACAAGCAACAGCCGAUCAGGCCUUCACAAACGCCAAAAAAGCUGGUAACAUCCAAGCCCAAGUCGAUGCAUUGAUUUACCGUGCUUUGGAGCGCAAUUCCGGGAAGGUUGGGCUCGCCACUGAUCUUUGCACAAGCAUCGAGGCAGUAAACUCGGAGGUCGCAGCUAUUCACCAGCAUCAGGACCCUGCUUCACAAAACGCAACAGCCAUCAAUCGAGCCAUUACAUUUGAACUUGCGAGACAAAUUGUUGCCAUUGUGGGCAACCCCCAGGACGCACUCAAGGCGGGAACUUUUCAACCCGGAAGUCUCGAUGACAACACGGGGAAGGGCCAUACGUGCGACGAUGCCAAUGAUGCAGCUGGGUGUAUAUUCUCUCAGGGUUUGCUGGUGCCCGACGCAACGGCGGCUGAAAUAAAUGCUGCCGUCGCGGGUGUUGCACCAGCUGAUGGCGCUACUCCAAGUACGGCGUCGGGCAGUUCCUCCAUCCCCGUCGCAACUUGUCCUCCUGCCUCCACAGUAACCGUGACAAUCUCAAUUAGUCCAACGGGAACCGCACCAUCAACCGCAGCUACCUUGACUCUCGAAAACCUCCAGAAGUUCAGUGGUUCCCUCGGUGGGGCUGCUGCGCCUGCCGUCACUCCUGGUGGACGCGGAUUCGUGGUAGCAAGUUCUGAUAGUUUCCUCAAUCUACCUGCGGCGCUAGGACGUUCUUGCGAUAUUCAACACAAUAAUUGCGCGAAUGUGGCAAAUUCGGCAUCUGGCCGGGGAGCUGGCCUUACUGUCGGUCAAUGCGACCAACAGAAUGAUGCUUGCCAUUCAAUCUUUGCGUAG